CUUAGCUAAUGACACAUUUGAUACCUGUGAAACAGAUUUCUGAUUGGCGAUGUUACAAGUGACUAAUAUGCAAACCGCCAAGCCGCUAGAACAAUUAAAAUUUAGUGUGGCGCUAGAAAGAGUGAGGUCCAUUUCCCCGCAAUUUCACAGAGUGCCAUCAGACAAACAUGUAUUAAUGCCUCAGGCAGCCAAUCGCGCCAGCACUUUCCACCGCGCUUGACGAAACCUUCCCACCUCCACCUCACUUUUGGCGUAGCUGCCUGGCGUCAAAAUCAACUCGGAAAUCGAUCACUUCGAGCCUACGACGAUAUAUUAUCUCCCCGGAAGGAUACAAAAAGGCAAAUUUGUAUCCAUCAUUUAUUCAAUCCGGCCAUACACCACCGAUCAGCGAUCGCCCGACCGAAAGCGACCGGAAACUCAUACAAAAUCGGAUCUGCGACCGCGCGCAGCGCCUCUUCUCCCGACCUCUCACGUAAACUCUCAAACGCCAUCACCGACCUGGAGUCACACAAAACGGAAAGAUCAUAAACUGGCGGGUACAGGAUACUUGGCAGUUGGAACCGCUAUGAGGUGAGGCCGCACCGACGCCGAGCGCGCUCUCGAGGUGGGCAGUGGGUAGGGAGAAGAGGGAGACAGAAAGUUAGCGAUCGAGUGGUAAACGCGAGGCGGGCAAAAAAAACGCAGGAACACGCAUCCCUUUACUCACGCCCUGAAAAACCGCAAAAUGACGGAAAAGGAUGCUGCCAAGCCCGACCCCGAGGCGUCGGCGGCACCCGGCGCCACGCCGCCUGCUAGCGACGAUGACUGGGAGCGCCAGAAGCUUGCGGAUAACGAGACCAUGAGAAAGCUACUCGACCAGGAUUCCAAUGGACAGGUCAACAUUCUCCCUCAGGAGUACAUGAAUGAAGAUUACACGUUCGACCAGAGUGGAAAGGCCGACGAUGCCGAGGACUUUGAGGAUAUCAGCGACGACGACCUGCCAGAGGAGGAGGAGACGGCGGGCACCCAAACUGCAUCAGCUGAGCUGCCUGGCUUGACGGAUGAUGGCGGGACGAGCAACGACAAUGACGAUCUCUGGGGUGAAGGCGAGGGUGACGGCGAUGCUGAUCUCGGCCCGUCGUCGCCACUAAUCGGCGCGCCAUCAUCGCCUCCCCCCGAAGCGGCUGACGAUACUGAUGCCGAUACGAUGGAUACAAGUCCCGAUGCGAAGGAGAGGGAAGAUUCGGCGCCGUACAAACCCAGCGAUUUUGAUAUCAACUUCCCCACUGCAGACUACUCGCUCAACCAGGACCCAAGCAUUCCUGCGGUUGCGCAGACCGAGCUGGAGCUUGUCAAGUCCGUGUGGCCUACGUUUGAUACGGGUACACAGUUUGACUGGAACCGGCUCCUUCCACCUAAGAAGGCAACCUGGGUGGGCAAGAAGCCGACGCGUGCUCCAAAACCACUGGCCCCUACCAAGCUCAGUCUGGAUCUUGAAGUAGAUCAGGAGAAGACCUUCCGUGUGCCGGGCCCAGCUGCCGGGACAACCAGGCAGAAGAUCCGCGAUGCCGAAGCUAAGGGCCUCGUCUCGUGUCUUGUUCCGGAGCCCAUCGAGGAGGCGGACAUCACCAUCUUUAGUAGAGAGUUGGAUGACGACAACGAAACAGUUGGAGGCUUCACUCUGGCGGAUAUCGAGACGAUCUGCUUUGAUUUCGAAUCCAUGAUAGAUGCUGGACAACCGAUUUCCCCGCCGCUUACGCCUACCUUGAAUGCUCACGGCGAUGAUGAGGAUGAUUGGGACAAGAUGUUCCUGGAUUCCCAGCCGGCGGCCAAGCGCCGCAAGAUCGAGGUUGAAAGGGGGUUGCCGAGGAUACCACGGUUUGUGGCACCCAGUUUUGACCAGUUCGAGGAGGCCACGGCCAGGGCAGCCAAGCGCGUGCACCUGGACUUUGCAGACCCCCACCUCCUCAUCGAAGAGCAGACCGUCAAGCAUCGCAAGCUGAACAACACCAAGGCCGCUAAUGGCCGCCUCGGGCGUAAUGCCCUGUCCCGCUUCAACUUUGCCAACGAUGAACAGUACGAGAAUCUCAAACUCAACCACAAGCACAAGGUCCGUGCCACCAUUGGAAACAUGGCCGUCGAGCACAGUAUACCCGCCAUCAAGCUCCUGUGGCCGUACUACUCGGUCAAGCCGGAAGCCAUCCAGCCAUACGACUACCACAGACCACUGCUACAGACCAACAAGGGCGCAGGUGACUGGGUCAGGUUUUCGCAGCCGACCAAGCGGAAGCGCAAGAUCGAGAAGAACCGCAAGGUUCAGGAGACGUUUUCUUCCUCUAAGGACCUAACGCUCAAUGACAACUCCUACGUGGUGCUUUUUGAGUAUUCUGAGCAGAUCCCUACAGUACUCUCCAAGUUUGGCAUGGGUAACAAGAUCGUCAAUCACGCCCGGAAAAGAAUAAACACCGAGGACGAGUCAUCUGUCGUCGACAAGAAGGUGUAUGAGCUUGGUGAAGAGAACAUCCUCACCACCGAGGAUAAGUCUCCGUUUUCAACCUUUGGACGCGUUGAGCAGGGCGAGGUGGUGCCGACCCUUACGAAUGCGAUGUAUCACGCUCCUAUCUUCAAGCACCAACCGAGGAAAACAGACUUCAUCCUCGGGCGCAGCACCACUGGUAAAGAAGGGCCUUUCUACUAUCUCCGCAAGAUUGACCACCUCUACGUUGUUGGUCAGAACUUCCCCUCGAUGGAGGUUCCUGGUCCUCACUCGCGAAAGGUGACGACUCUAAGCAAGAACCGUAUGAAGAUGAUUGCAUAUCGGUUGAUUCAUUCCAAGGGGGCAGUCGAGCUGCCCGAGAUGACGAAACACGUCAAGGGAUCCACAGAUCCUCAAAACAGGCAAAAACUAAAGGAAUUCUUGUCGUACGACAAAAACAUCAAGGCCUGGAAAAUAAAGGAGUCUGACACGCUCCUGGACAAGGACUCGAUCGACAAGAUGAUCAAACCCGAGGAUGUUUGCCUCAACGACGCGCAUCAGGUAGGAGCAGGAGAACUCCUUAUUAAUGGGUACACUGUGUCCAAGGUUGAGGAAAACGACCAUGACCUCGAUGACGGUAACGAGCAGUCGUUCGCCAAGUCCAUGUCGCCAUGGAACACAACCAAGGCCUUCAUUGAUGCAUGCGCGGGCAAGGCAAUGGUGCGCCUGCGGGGCCCUGGCGACCCGACGGGACAUGGUCUUGGGUUCAGCUUUAUAAAGACCUCUAUGAAGGGUGGCUAUAUGGAGGCGCUGCAGAAGGACCGCGGUCCUGGCAACACGGCCAACGACGCUAUGACUAUCGAGGCGCAGCGUAAGGACGCCAACGGGCACUCGUACAACGUGAAGCAGCAGGAGGAGCUGUAUAACAAGGAGAUCGGAGAGAUCUGGACCAAGCAGAAGAUGACACUCUCCGACCCUAUGGAGCAUGACGACGAGGACAUGCAGAAGAUGGAUGACGAAGACGACAGGUUCUACGGGAACGGAAACGCCAGCGCCAACGCCUCUUUUGCACAGAGCGGCAACUUUGGCGGCUCGCAGGCGCCAGCCUCGAGCAUCAUGCCGCCAACGCCCGGCGGUAUCGGUGGCAGCACCGUAAUAGAUGACAAGACGAGCGUGUUUAGUCGACGCAGCGCGACUGAAAUCGGCGGUGCUAGUGGCGUCGGCGGUGGAAGGAAGAAGAUGCUCAAGAUUUACAGGAGGAUGGCUGACGGCAGCGAGGAGACGGUGGAGAUGGUGUUUGACGAGAAGGUCAUGAAGCGAUACAUUGACCAGAGGAGGGAGGCUAGGUCGAAUGAAAUUGAUGUUUUCAGCGAGAACAUCGGGUUCACCAACGACGAAGAGUACAAUGCGGCCAUGAUACAGCGGUAUGGUCUUACCCGCUGUCUUGAUAUCUCCGAUCUCCUCGCCUCUGUGAUAUUAACAAAACCAAAAUAAUACUACAGCAUUAACCAAGAGCAAGCGCGCCUCAUCCGCAACAAGGAGCGACGCCUCCAGCGGGAGAAGAGCAAGAGCAAGCUCGGCCCCUCUGUUGCUGCGGCACGCGCCAGCACUCCCAGCGGCGGGCCUAAUGACCCGGACUCCCCCGCUCCCAGCAUCGAGAAGGGUGCCGGUGCACCUGCUGGCGGCACGUCUAGGAAGUGCGCCAACUGUGGGCAGGUGGGACAUAUUAAGACCAACAAAAAGUACAGGCGCCCCUCUCAUGACGAUCCCGCCCCUCCGCGUCACAAUCCUGACACUCCCCCAACAUUUAUCUACUACACUUGUCGACGCUGCGUCCUUAAGUUGCUGAAUCGUAGGAAGGGAAACAAGGUUUCUGCUUCUGCUGUUGCUUGCGCCCACUAGUUUGGGUCGUGGCUGCUCUGAAAUAUGGGUCUUCUUUUGCGUUGUCUUGUUCUUCUUGCGCAGAGUUUCCAUCACACUCUGCCCUGGAAGCCUCGUACAACAUUACAGCUCCCCGAGUCUCACAUACAUUUACUCUUGGUCAAGAUCUUACUAACAUUUUCUCUCUUUUUCUUCCCACCCUUGCGAAAAAGGCUUUGCCCACUUUUGAACGGCACCUGGACGAAAGAAUCUGGCGGCCACGAAGAAGCCGGUGGAUUCAACGAUGCGUGAUAAAACGAAAGAAACGUGUCAGCCAUAAAAUCACUGCCCCAUGCGGUUAUUCACGGCACGCUCUAGAACUCCCUCUCAUGGGUAUAGGUGAUCAAGUGCAACAGGCUGUUAUGCGAAACCCCUCCAAACAAACAGGAGACUUUACGACAUGUCAACGCGCCAAAACGCGCAAAAUCACCCGAGCCGGCCAACGCCCAAACAAUCCGAACCACCUGACUUCAACCAUACCUCACUAACCUAUCGCAUACAAUACCCACAACUGUGGCCGUCUUUGCUUCUUGGGUACCCCGAUCGGAAUUUUUCAAGGGCUAAGAGGCAAAGUGGGACUUGGGCAAAUUCCUUUGUCAAUGCCAAAACUCACAUGAGCUGGUCGCCCGCAAACACCAGAGGCUUGCUCUCAACCUGUACCUGUACUUGUGUCACCCAAUCAUUUCAGUCAAGAUUUGUAAAGUGGAAGAACGAUCUUCCAUUUAUUUGUCCUUUGUUUUCUUCAUUGCUUUUCAACCCAACUCAUACCGAACUCCUCUCUUACUUCCAUCUAUCUCGGUCGUGGUGCCUACAGUGCUGGUAUCCAGGGCUACAGCGCGUUCCUCCUCCUCUUUUCUUCUCAUCAUGGAGUAAAGGUAUGGGAAGGGGGUGGUGGGGAUUUCUUUUCUUAUUCGGAGAGAACGAGAUCAUUCAGUGAUUCCCAAACAUGUCUGUCUGAGAAAAUGUAUAGCGCACACUGGGGGAGAUGGGAUUGGCAAUUGCGUUGCAAUAAUGAACGCGGCCCGUAACUGCGGACUGCAACAAAACGAAGGAAACAAGGAAGUUCCUCAUAUGCGCGAGCAUACCAAAAAUAUAUACAUAUAUUAAUGACACACCUCCAACUCCCG